CUGAGUUUGACGCUGUCAUUUGUAUUCAUUGGUGAGAAGUGGUAAAAAGAGCUUGAAAUGGAGGAUGAAGAGGGCUAUGCAAAACUUCAUUUCAAAGCAAGCAAGAAAAGCUCCAAUGCAGAACUUACUUCUCGUUCCUCAGGCUUGCGAUAUGUCAUUGUACUCUCAGGAUUUCUGAAUGUCCUGUUUCUGGGAGCUGUGAUCACGCUAUUUCAGCACUGUGACUUGCAAUCAAGUGACAUGUGGAAGCCCAGAGAAAAUCUUUCUGAAAGUGAUAAUACUUCUGAAGAAGAUCUUCAUGAAAACAGCUUACUUACUGCAUUAAAGGACAGCUUAUGCAUACACACAAAUGACUCCAGAUGUGAACUCUGCCCCAUUGGCUGGAAGCUGCAUUAUGGGCGGUGUUAUUACUACUCAGAAAAUCGUGAUACCUGGGAAAAUAGUAAGGAGUAUUGUUCAGGAAAAAAAUCUGAGCUCCUGGUUAUAGAGGAUGAGACUGAAAUGGUUUUCUUAAACAAAAUGAAGGAUAAAGACACUGGCUUUGUUUGGACUGGGUUAAGCUUUGAUGAGAAUGAAGAAAGAUGGAUAUGGCUUGAUGAUCCCAAACGCCUAGGGCACAGUUUUACAAUACAGAGGAGGAAGCAAGAAGAAAAAUGUGCUGCCUAUAAGCUGACAGAAGUGCAUGCUGAUAACUGCCACUCCCUAUACAAGUGGAUCUGCAGGAAGAGGGCAGUCGUGUUGGCUAUCUAAGAGACUGCAAAAUGAAAGUGAAUAGGGACUUUGAACGUUUACACCAUUUUACAGCAAGUAGAAUAGCUGAUGUAAAAUUAAAGGGAAAAUUGUUGACUUGAAUUUUGAUGAAUUGAUACAUUGUGAUUCUCUUUGUGAUUAAAGUCCAUG